ACCAACCAUUACUAGUCAAAUAAGACCUUAUAUAUACACAUAGAUUAGGAUGGCUACACAACAGACUAUAGCAGCAGCUAAAUCAGCAUACAGAAAUGCAUUAAGAGCCACCAAAAUUGCCUUCAGACAAGAUAUACCGGUAUUGACUGAAUCAAGAUUACAAAUAAAACAAGGGUUUAAACAACAUCAAUCAUUAACUAAUAUAGAACAAAUUGAACAAGAAAUUACCAAGAUAAAUGAUAUUUCGAAAUUUUUAAUUCAAAAUAUCGUCCAAGGUGAAAAACAAGAUGAUGGGAAAUAUUAUUUAAAUUUCCAUGAAAAGACUGAAUUAGGAGAUAAUGAAACUAUAAAGCAAGGUAAUAAAGAUAAUAUGGGUUCAUUGGCUGGUGCCAAGGGUUCAAAAGUGAAGAAAUGUAGUUGAACACAGAGAAUUUAGUGAACGAAGUGAACUAAAUGAGAGGAGUAUGAUGGAAGUUAUCACAGGGUGGUGAUGUCUUUUACUCUACUAAGAUAUAUCAUAGUAUAAAAGUUAUACUACACUUGAUUGAAUAAAUGUACAUAGGUAAUAAUAAAACGAUUCUUCAACGGAAGAGUCAUAAUAAACGUAAAUAUUAAUAGU